GUGCUGAGAAAAUCCCCUGCUCAAGUCCCCCGAAUCAAGAAAGAACAUAACGACUUGAACGGAGGAAGAUGCCUACCUCCUUUUGGGGAUCACGGCCAGUAUCUGUGUGGAAGAAGAAGAGGCAGCAGAAAAAUAGAAAAUCAGAUUAUUUGAAGAAGAAGAAGAAAAGGGUUAUUGGUCAUCAGCAUCAUGCCCCCGGCGGACCCACUGUCUGCGCGAAUUGUUCCAUCUUCAAAACACAGGAAGGGCAAUGUUUACUUGACCACAGUUUGCCUUUCUUCUGUGGUUUUCGCUGCAGUUUUCUUCAGCCUCCCCACAUUAGUAUCCAUUGGCUUCCCCGGCUGCAAACGACCCGACUGCUUCGACGUAAUUGGCGAAAUGGCAGCUUCUAUCAAUCCUUCUGUCGACCCCUGUGACAACUUCUACAAUUUUGUGUGCUCUCGCUGGCGCAACUAUUAUCCAGAGGAUGCCCACAACCUGGCGCUACUCCGCAGGCGAAUUCAACGAUCUUUGUUCGAGACAUUGACCAACCACAAAGCCUCACCAUCGAUGGAUGCCGUAGACAUUGCAUCCGCCGCUUUCCAGUCCUGUACGCACACAGCCCUGAAAGACGACGGAUUUGGAACCGAAAUCCUACGUCAGUUUCUUGACCGUAUUGGCAUUCCGUGGCCUUCCCCCCCUCGUUCCUUCAAGACGUCACUUCUGGAGUUCCUGGUCAUGCUGUCACUUGAAUGGAAUAUUCCAGUAUUCUUUGACCUAGGCAUCGUUCCAAACUUCAAAACCAACCGGGGGGCAAUCUUGCACCUUGCCGGAAGCACGGUGCUCGAAGAAUGGAUAAUAAAUCGGUACAGCCUCGGCGGCGUCCACGGCGUCGGAGUGUACAUUAAGGGACUCGCGCAGGCUCUCGGAGACCCCCGCGUCGAUUAUCGACCUAUGGCAGAGAAGCUGGCACUGGUCGACAUGGACGUCCUCGCUACGGCGUUUCAAAGCAAGGUCUCCGGCACGGGAUACCCUGCGUACGUCAAGUACAGCCGUCUCCAUAACCUAACAGGACCGGUCGUUCCAUCGUACGAGUGGAUUCGAGCCAUCAACAAGCAUCUUCCCGAGGCGCACCCUGUCACUCCAGAGGACUCCAUCUUUGUUUCAAACGGCCGUCUCUUUUCGAGGGUCGAAUCUCUCCUCUCGAAGUACGUGGCGCCGGAACGUACAUCCGUUCUCCUCAUGUACGUCGCCUUCCAUGUUGCGCGUCAGCUGGCGCCGUACGCCUCGUUCCAUCUGGCAUCCCUUUCCAACGUGCGAGGGCCUACCUUCCAGAAGAAGGCUAAACAAUAUGAAGAAUUUUUGAAUAGGUGCUACUCUUCGGUCUUGGAACACCUGGGCCAUGCUGUGGCGUGGCUCUUCAUCGAGAAAUGGGUGUCUGAAGACACUCGACGAAAGGUCGCCGGCCUCGUAGACUCCAUCCGCAAUGUUUCCCAGCAUUCUUUCAAGGAUGUUGACUGGAUGGAUGAACAGACGCGUAAAGGAGCAACAGAUAAGAUAUCGACUCUCAGGGAGAUAAUCGGCCACCCUGAACACCUCGUGGACAGAGCCGCUGUCAACCAAUUUUAUCACUACAUCCCGUCGCCGAGGGAGCCGUACCUGGCGAUGCUGCUCGAACUCAAGCGUGCCAGAAUGAACAAUCUCAAAGAAUCGUUCGCGGAUGAGGCUCAGCUGCGCCGAGAAGACAUUUCCAUCUCGCUCGUUGCCGCCAAUGCCUACUACGUCUCUGUCUACCACGUCGUGGUCAUUCCGGCAGGCCUGAUGUUCUCCCCGUUCUACGUUCGCGGAGGCCGAGAUGCACUCAACUACGGCGGACUGGGCCACAUCGUCGGACACGAGAUCACCCACAUGUUCGAUCCCCAACACGGGAUGCUGGAUCAGACGGGACUCUUCGUAGACUGGUACUCAAAUUACUCGAGAGCACGGUUCAAAGAGAAGCUCGAAUGUUUAAAAGAAAUCUAUAAUACUGCGACCGGAAAUAACGAAACUCAGGUGGGCCAGAGUGCUCUGUCGGAGAACUUUGCGGACACGGUGGGGCUGCGCAAAGCAUACCAGGCGUUUCAGCUGGCAAAGGGAAAGCCGUGGGAGCCGGCAACAUUCUCCCUUCCGUCUGGAGCUGUUGCUCUCUUCAACAAUGAACAGCUGUUCUUCCUCAGCAGCUGCUACAAGUGGUGCGGCUGGGAAGUGUACGGCGAUUACAAUUAUGCGCCCCUGACACUGAGGUGCAAUGUUCCGCUGAUGAACAUGCCGGAGUUCUCUGAAGCUUUUCGCUGUGCUCCAGGAAGCGCGAUGAACCCCAGAAAAAAAUGUGCCGCUCUGUUAUAACGUGUUAGUAUUUCCAGAGAGGAGGGUUUACGUACCGUAAUUACGAAUUAAUAAAUGCUAUGAUCCCUUGC